AUGAUGAGUGCGCUCGUGCUCGGUGGUCCCAGCAGCAGCAGCGGAUUUUCUUCACACGUCUCCGUCGCGACUCCCGGUUCUCUCCUCCUGAACGCGCACCUGGCCCCGGCGGCGGAGCGGCUCUCGCGCAGCGCGCUCUCGCCUCCUGCAGAGUUCGCGCACCUCAGCGGCGUCCUGCGGCGGCGGCAGCUUUACUGCAGAACCGGGUUCCAUCUGGAGAUCCUGGCUGACGGAAGCGUGCAAGGCACCAGGAAAGACCACAGCAGAUUCGGUAUUCUGGAGUUCAUCAGCCUGGCUGUGGGGUUGGUGAGCAUCCGUGGUGUAGACAGUGGCUUCUACCUGGCCAUGGACAGCAGAGGGCAUCUGUACGGCUCGGAAAAGCUGUCGGCAGAGUGUGUUUUCCGUGAGCACUUUGAGGAGAACUGGUACAACACCUACUCGUCCAACCUUUACCGGCACGGCGAGCGAGGGCCGCACUACUUUGUUGCUCUAAACAAAGACGGCACUUCCCGAGACGGCGCUCGAUCCCGGAGGUACCAGCGCUUCACACACUUCCUCCCACGUCCUGUCGACCCUGACCGCGUGCCCGAGCUGUACAGAGACAUCCUGGGACAAAGCUGA